AUGCGAUUGGGAAUUCUCCACCGUGUCUGUAAUGUCAGUCUGGCCCUGCUGCUGUUUUUUUCGCUAAAACCGAGCAAUGGCCUUGAGGCUGGGUCUGUUUACGCGCAGUCUCGCUCGGUCUUGCUGCCGUUCCCUCCCGGAAGGCACUCACACCUCGAUGGCCUCCAAGGUUCCAGCGGGAGGCUCUCCUCGGAAUCUCCUCUCGCUUCCUGCAGUCAUGCGUUGCCGAGUUUUACCAGCUGCUCUCUGGCAACCGGGACUCUGAUUGGGGAUAACGACGCGCACAUUUGUGCGAGUCCCUGGCGAAAGGAUCAGGCAUAUUCCGCAGACCUCAGAAUCCAGCCGGAAGGUCCGCCGCAGGCGUUCAGAAACCCGCGGCGGCAGGGACCUGCCUUCUGUACGAGCUUCAUCGGCAAUGCCCAGCGUGUCUGCGGGUAUCAUGUAACAGAAGCGCGGUCGCCAUUAAGUCAUCAGCUUAUGUCUGCAGCAACUAUGUCGACCCCGCUAUCUGCCAGAUGCCCGGUCGGGGUGUCGACGGGAAAGUUUGAUCGUACAUCCUGUAUUUAUAAUGCACCCCUAGUUCGCGCGUUUCUUCAGUUAGCCCCUCAGGGUGUUCAGGUCGUCAGUGGUCUUCGCUUUUCGCGCUCGUCCCUGCUCGGCAGCAGGAGUAGCACAAGCAACCCGAAGCAAGCCGCGGCCCGCCAAGCAAGUCGAGGAAGUGGCAAACGCGGCACGAGCACAUUUUCAGCUUCAGGAAGGAUCGUGUCAGCGUUGCCGGGAGGUUCCUUUCUUGUGGAGCUGGAGGCAGUUUCUACUCCGGCAAGGACCGCUGCAUCUUCUUCUCAGCCAUAUUCGCCGGCGCCAAUCGUUACACCUCCUGCCCUGGUGGGGAAGCAAAUGCUGUGCAGCUUGGGGGGCAAGCUUCGUUUAAACCGGAUACGCGUGCAACUGUAUGAUUUGGUGGACAUUGAAUUCUGUCCUCUCGACCCCUCACGCGGAAGGAUCGUCUACCGCCGCAAGUCGGGAGCAGACUCCGCGGCCUCGCAACCCAAGUGA